AUGGAGCAUGCGCGGGUGAGUCACGAAGAUGCUGGUCAAGAGCGUCCUGGCUGCCAAAAGACCGAUCGCAAGGCUCGCAAUCAUAUGAUGGAGCAUGCGCGGGCGAGUCACGAAGAUGCUGGUCAAGAGCGUCCUGGCUGCCAAAAGACCGAUCGCAAGGUUCGCAAUCAUAUGAUGGAGCAUGCGCGGGCGAGUCACGAAGAUGCUGGUCAAGAGCGUCCUGGCUGCCAAACGAACGAUCGCAGAGCGAACACCACUUCAUGA